GAAAGCUCUGUGUGAUUGGUUUUUAUAUUAAACAUCUAUAUUAAUAUCUAUGUGCACUGGUUGAUCAUAUAUAUUGUUGUAUUUAAAAAAUGCAAGAAAUGUACUAACACUAUCAUAUAGAUUUAUAAAUCAUGCCCUUCACUAUAUAAGUGGGCUAAAAUGUUAAUUUCUCCAUGACGGACUAGUUCAUGAUCAAUGAAGCCAUAAAUAGGCUCUGAUGCAGCUCUCACUUGUUAAGCUGCGCCUUUAAGUGAGCAAGAUUAUCUGGUUCCAGGCUAAGUGUGCCAGUUUACUUCGAGCACGUGUAAGAUGCCAGCGAACUCUGCGGGCAGUUCCACUCUGUCUGCCCCAGUGAAUUUCAGCCAUGGAGAUUACCAAGAUGGCCAAUCAAUCAGUAUGGUAUUGUGCUGGCCUGUGUCAUUUUAUGUAUGUCAAAUGAUUUACUAGGUCAUAUGACACACUUUACUCAAUACUGACCUUUGUAGUUUGCCUGCAGAAGCAAGUAUGACCAUCUAGUGUGUCCUUAGCUUUAGAGUUUACCAAAAUGUUACUUGUAUGUUUUACCUUUUCUUAUUGUUGUAAGCGUAUAUAUUACAGCAUUGAAAACCAAGUCCUACCCACGACAUUAAAACGGUACUUGUUGCUGCCUCACUUGGCACUCAGCACUGGAGGUUAGAGCGAGGAAACAAGACUGGUUGACCUGGCAUCAGUAUAAUGUGGCAGGGUCGGGUGCCAUGUCUGGUAUCUUUGGCAUGAUACUUUAGUGGCGCAAGCACAUUGGCAGAAUGGACUGUUUAUUGAAUUUUGAAUGUUGACUAAGUUGCAUGACUCAUAAUAUCAGCAUUUCUCUUCACAGAUUAGUUUGUGUACACACAUACGAAGACGCAAUUCACUUCCUACUGCAUAAGAGCUUUAACUGUUCUGUUACGGGCCAGCUUUGCCAGAUAGAACUGCCUGAAAUUUGGACUGCGUAGGCAUUGGGAAAGAUAAACAACAACCCGAUCACUUGUACAUGAGACUCCAUGGUGGCACAUGCAUGCAAGCCUCUGUUCAGGCGAAGCGAUUCCCCCAAUAGCUGGCUGUGGCAUUAUCAAGCAUGGAGUAAACAGAGGGUACACCUGUAUUUAAGGUAAAUCUUAUGUUGAUGUAAGAAUGGGUGCAGAAGAGAGCAAACCUGGCAGCUACAGUUUGAUGGGAACAAGUGCAAUCGUCGCCAAUGUGAACAGAAGAGCCUUAUUGGCCAGGCCUUGGUCUCUGUUACACCAGUGUUCUCUUGAUCAGUGGAGAGUUGGCCAUUCAGAUGCAGCUGGAUUCUCUGAGAACUUUUCUGUUUGCAAUGGCAUUAUUUAUAAAGACUGUAGCCCUGCAUUUUGUACCUCUAGACAGGGCAUCAUUAAUAUCAACAAGUCAAGUUCUGUGUUUAGCUUCAGAAGGAAGAGCAAGUUCACCAAGAUGGCAGAACAUUUUGAGUACAAUCAUAUUCCUGCCCAGUUAUCCUCAAUUCAAAACUUUCACGUGAAAAGUGUGCUUUGUUACCAUAACAGCAUUGUAGUGCUACAUCUUGUGCGCAAUCUCAUGACACAGUUUGGAGUCAUAAACUUGGAGACCAAUAAGUUCAUGGGAAUCUUUGGCAAGCAGCCUGCAGAGUUCGUCAAUGAAGCGCUGUUGGGGAAAAUCAGUCCAGACGAGUCAAAAUGCUUGAUUAAACUUCCGCAGCUGAAGUCUCGUGGUAACCCUUUCGUCUUCCAACUUUACGAUCUCAAAUCCAAGGCUUUGAUAAGGGAAAUUGAUCUGGCCUAUCAGGAGACUCAUUUUGCCUUUGACCCUCGGUUCAGUUCCAAGCGUUUGGCAGUGACGAGUUACAAAGCCGGGGAGGAGCAGAGUCUAAGUCUGGUGAGAACGGACACUUGGGAGGCCAUUGCGACUACACCUGGCGUGGUGGAGUCCAGUUAUGCCAGUCUUCAGAUGCUGGUCAGAGAUCUGUUCUACUCUAAGGAUGGAUUCAUUAUCUUUGCCAUCUUGGUCUCACAGUCAGCAACGUGUCAAUGUCGUGAGAAGAAAUCGCGACGCCAGCAGCCGCUGGACUGCAGUAUCUAUGUGUUCAGCGCCGAUACAGGAGACACCCUGCACUGUAUCCAGUUUCGUCGCUAUAUCUGCGGCCAGCACUCUUGCCUGCGUAACUACAUGCCUGCAUUUUCCUUCUGUGGCAGUCGGAUGGCAUUAGUGUUGAAUGACCAGGAUUCUCCACAGCUUGACCACGUCCAGGUGUACAAGCUACCUGUAGAGAACACGCUACAGAAUCUGUGUCGCAUUACCAUACUCCAGCAGUUCGGGAUGGCCAACCUUCCCAAACUACCCCUCCCCCACCGAAUGAUCCACUACUUAUACUUCAAACCAGAGUUUGCCUAAAACCACACACCUAGGCAGCUUUCCAUGAGCUCUUGGGCACCACGGAAUUCCCACAAACAUUAUCUAAUAACAGUCUCUAGUUUUUUGUAAAACUCCAUAUUUUUUCAAAACGAGAAUGAGGACAAAUUUUUUCUAAGACAUGGACUUGCUCAUUUUGUGUGGAGCAUACUUUACUCCAGAGCAGAUGGACUUAUUAUAUUUUGAACUGCUGCAAAUUUUUAAUCCAAUGUUCUUUCAAAGUGCUAUUAACUUAUUGAUAUUCAUUUAUAUGUAAAUCCUAGUCAUUAAUAUUGAGCUCUCUUCAACACAUUGUGCAUACAUAAUUAUGAAGCCUGAUAAGAAGUUUUCUUGUUUACAUAUUGAUUAGGAACUAUGUCAAAGCUUUCAUUUUCUUACGCAUAUGUAAUCCUGCAUUUGGUAUCUACACUGACCAUAUCAGUUGAAGAAUAGCCGUGGUGAAAUGGAUGUUCAUUACAUCACUGUGUAUUCCUGAUUGUUGAUGUUGUGUGACAAAUUUACCAUUGAGUGGACCCCGGGCUAUGCCCGGUUUCCUCCCACCAUAAUGCUGGCCGCCCCAGUAUAAGUGAAAUAUUCUUAGUACAGUGUAAGACACCAAUCAGAUAAAUAAAUCAAAUACCAUUGAGUGGAGGGAGUCAGUAUCACACAAAAGGACAAAUGUGAUUUAGUUCUACUUCAAAUCUUGUUGCAUGAAAACUGUAAUGGCCCAGUAUACUAGUUUUGGACAACAUUAAUAUAUUUGUGCAUUAGUUAUGUUUAUACUUUUGUUUCUGAGCAGAUAUUUGUGCAAUCUUUCCAUAUUUAAUACCAUAUAUAUAUAU